AUGGCGCCAGGACCAACCCCGGAAUCUCCUCCAGUCACCGUCCAGCCAACUGGUUCACCGAAUCCCCUGGUGCCCACGCAAAGGACAGACUACCCCGUUGGUACCGCCUCCGUACCGGCAAACGUGUACGAAACGAACCUUGCUCAGGCCAAGAGCCUCAACAACCUGAACUCUGGCCUGACGCCCCAGUCCGCCUGUUCCGGCACGCAGGUUGCCUGUAUCGAAGGCCAGAUCGCUCGCUGUAGCUCCGGCGUGUUCCAACUCGAGGCGUGUCCGGGAGACCAGAAAUGCCUGGCUUUCCCGAUGCCCAUGACAGAGGGCGUUUCCAUCGGUUGCAGAAAUCCUCAGGAGGCGCAGAGUGUCAUUGGAAAUGGGGCCGGCGGAGGGACCCCGACCAGUGUGGCCCCGGUACCGGCCGAGACGACCACAGCUACCGUGAUGGGGGGACCGCCCCUGACCACGACGACCUUCAUCACUAUCGUGGGUAGCACGUCUCUUCCGAUCGCGGACCUAUCGCCGCCGGCCAAUGUUCUUGAGACGCCAUCCACGGUUCCCGAGCCGCCGCCCGCUUCUCCCGCUACUAGUUUGACGAAUGUGCCGGAGCCCCCUGAAUCAUCCCCGGCGUCGCCAUUGCCGGUGGCGCCAGCAGCUCCGUCACCCAUGCCUCCACCGGCUCCCUCGCCUGUGCCGCCAGCAGCUCCCUCGUCCAUGUCACCGCCGGCGCCUCCACCAUCGCCGGCGCCCCCGCCAUCAACCCCAUCUCCGCCUCCAGCGCUUGUGGGCGAACCUCCCAAACUGCCUCUGAGCGACGUGGACACUUUUGCGUCCGCAAUUCAAUCGCUCAAGCCGAAUCCCACACCCUCGAGCCCUGGCCCGGUCGCUCAGGGAACUCCUCCCCCCGCUUCUCCCAGUCCCCUAGACCCCGCCUCCGUGCCCCUGGUGGUUAUUCCCAUCGAAGACGAGCCCUCUUCCAGCAACGGAGACCCCGCCUCCACGCCCCUGGUGGUUAUCCCCAUCGAAGACGGCCCGAGCGAGAAAUUGGCCCAUCCGAAUCCCUCCAAGUAUCCGUUACCUAUUGGGAAGGCGGCGACGGUGACCACGCAGGCCGCCAGCCCUGAGGACGGCCAAGGAGGCGGCAUAGGAGACAGCGGCGCGCCUCGCACCACCGAAGUUGUCAACGGCACGCCCACCGUGUCCGUCUAUCUCACCGUCACAGUCACGGAGAAGGAGCGAGAGACCCGGACGGUUACGCUUCUUGUGCCCACCAGUUGA